CUCAGAUCCAUCCUGGGGACCAGAGCAGAAGCGGUCCUCACUGCACCCAGUCUCUGCUUGGGCUCCCGCUUCUUCUUUGCCGCUGGGCCUUGGCCCAGAAGCCACGACGGGCGACACGGAGCCGCCAGUGCUGGAGGGGGAGCCAUGGGUGCGGGGCAGCGUGGGGGCAGAGGCCCCCGGACGCCCUCCCGGCCCCAGGCCCCGCUCUGCCCGGGCGCCCUCGCGGGUGCCCCCCCCUUCCUGGUCCGAGCAGUGUGAGUGUGCCCGGGAGCCCGGCGGCGGCGGCGGCGUGGAAACUGGCGUGGGCUGGGGGGUCCGAGCUGCGGGGGGCAGUGCCAUGCACAAGCACCAGCACUGCUGUAAGUGCCCCGAGUGCUAUGAAGUGACCCGCCUGGCCGCCCUGCGGCGCCUCGAACCUCCUGGCUACGGGGAUUGGCAGGUGCCCGACCCCUAUGGGCCAGGUGGGGGUAAUGGGGCCAGCUCCGGUUAUGGGGGCUACAGCUCGCAGACCCUGCCCUCACAGGCAGGGGCCACCCCCACUCCUCGCACCAAGGCCAAGCUCAUCCCCACCGGCCGGGAUGUGGGGCCAGUGCCCCCUAAGCCAGUCCCAGGCAAGAGCACCCCCAAACUCAACGGCAGUGGCCCCAGCUGGUGGCCUGAGUGCACCUGUACCAACCGGGACUGGUAUGAGCAGGUGAAUGGCAGUGAUGGCAUGUUCAAAUAUGAGGAGAUAGUACUCGAACGGGGCAACUCUGGCCUGGGCUUCAGUAUUGCAGGUGGCAUCGACAACCCCCAUGUCCCUGAUGACCCUGGAAUCUUUAUUACCAAGAUCAUCCCUGGUGGAGCAGCUGCCAUGGAUGGAAGACUAGGGGUGAAUGACUGUGUUCUGCGGGUGAAUGAGGUGGACGUGUCGGAGGUGGUGCACAGCCGGGCCGUGGAGGCGUUGAAGGAGGCAGGUCCUGUGGUGCGGUUGGUGGUGCGGAGGCGACAGCCCCCACCCGAGACCAUCAUGGAGGUCAACUUGCUCAAAGGGCCCAAAGGCCUGGGUUUCAGCAUUGCUGGGGGCAUUGGCAACCAGCACAUCCCGGGAGACAACAGCAUCUACAUCACCAAGAUCAUUGAGGGGGGAGCUGCUCAGAAGGAUGGACGCCUACAGAUUGGGGACCGGCUGCUGGCGGUGAACAACACCAAUCUACAGGAUGUGAGGCACGAGGAAGCUGUGGCCUCACUGAAGAAUACAUCUGAUAUGGUCUAUCUGAAAGUGGCCAAGCCAGGCAGUCUCCACCUCAACGACAUGUACGCUCCCCCUGACUACGCCAGCACUUUUACUGCCUUGGCUGACAACCACAUAAGCCAUAAUUCCAGCCUGGGUUAUCUCGGGGCCGUGGAGAGCAAGGUCAGCUACCCGGCUCCUCCUCAGGUCCCCCCCACUCGCUACUCUCCUAUCCCCAGGCACAUGCUGGCCGAGGAGGACUUCACCAGAGAGCCCCGCAAGAUCAUCCUACACAAAGGCUCUACAGGCCUAGGUUUCAACAUCGUAGGAGGAGAGGAUGGAGAAGGCAUUUUUGUCUCCUUCAUACUGGCAGGAGGCCCAGCCGACCUGAGUGGGGAGCUGCGCAGGGGAGACCGGAUCUUAUCGGUAAAUGGAGUGAACCUGAGGAAUGCAACUCAUGAGCAAGCUGCAGCUGCUCUGAAACGGGCUGGCCAGUCAGUCACCAUUGUGGCCCAGUACAGACCUGAAGAGUACAGUCGCUUUGAAUCGAAGAUACAUGACUUGCGAGAACAAAUGAUGAACAGCAGCAUGAGUUCUGGGUCAGGGUCCCUCCGAACAAGUGAGAAGAGGUCCUUGUAUGUCAGGGCCCUGUUUGACUAUGAUCGGACUCGGGACAGCUGCCUGCCAAGCCAGGGGCUUAGUUUUUCUUAUGGUGACAUUCUACAUGUCAUUAAUGCCUCUGAUGAUGAGUGGUGGCAGGCAAGGCUGGUGACCCCACAUGGAGAGAGUGAGCAGAUUGGCGUAAUCCCCAGUAAGAAGAGAGUGGAAAAGAAAGAGCGAGCUCGAUUGAAAACUGUGAAGUUCCAUGCCAGGACGGGGAUGAUUGAGUCUAAUAGGGACUUCCCUGGGUUAAGUGACGAUUAUUAUGGAGCAAAGAACCUGAAAGGACAAGAAGAUGCUAUUUUGUCAUAUGAGCCAGUGACAAGGCAAGAAAUUCACUACGCAAGGCCUGUGAUCAUCUUGGGUCCAAUGAAAGACCGAGUCAAUGAUGACCUGAUCUCUGAGUUUCCACAUAAAUUUGGAUCCUGUGUGCCACAUACCACCCGGCCUCGGCGUGAUAAUGAGGUGGAUGGACAGGACUACCACUUUGUGGUGUCCCGAGAACAAAUGGAAAAGGAUAUUCAGGACAACAAAUUCAUUGAGGCGGGCCAGUUCAACGAUAAUCUGUAUGGGACCAGCAUCCAGUCAGUGCGGGCAGUUGCAGAGAGGGGCAAACACUGCAUCUUAGAUGUUUCCGGCAAUGCUAUCAAGAGACUGCAGCAAGCACAACUUUACCCCAUUGCCAUUUUCAUCAAGCCCAAGUCCAUUGAAGCACUUAUGGAAAUGAAUCGACGGCAGACAUAUGAACAAGCAAAUAAGAUCUAUGACAAAGCCAUGAAACUGGAGCAGGAGUUUGGAGAAUACUUUACAGCCAUUGUACAGGGUGACUCACUGGAAGAGAUUUAUAACAAAAUCAAACAAAUCAUUGAGGACCAGUCUGGGCACUACAUUUGGGUCCCAUCCCCUGAAAAACUCUGAAGAAUCCCCUCCAACCAUUCUCUUGUGAACAGAAGAAAUCAAGUCCCUCUUCCCUCCUCCCUCUUCAUUCCUGUCCCCAUGGGGAGAACAAAUGACUACUGUUCUUGUCCCCUUUUUUAGAUAUGUCAAAAAAAAUUGAGUUUUCUAGUCCUGUUCUUUUUUUUUAAUUUUUGUUUUGUUUUCAUUUAUUUUUUGGGAUGAUGCCAUCUCACUCAUCAUGUGACUGUGCCCAUUCCUGCAUGGACCUUUCCCAAGCACUAUCACAGGUGCAAAUCCGUCAGAGCCAUUGUUUUCAUAAAAACCAAGCAGAAGAGAAGAGAGGAGGACUGAUGGAAAGACAGACUCUGGACAGCUGCACGGCUUGUGAAGUGAGCUAAAUGCAGCACAUGAUGAGGUGCUCCUGGGCACUUCUCCCCAUCUGUACUGCUGUCUUGCAGCUCUGAACAGUGCAACGUAAUGGCAACAGGAAGUAUCUUAUUUAUAUAUAGAUAUAUAUAUGUAAUUUAUAUAAAAUAUAUAGAAAUUAUUAUAUAUAUAUAUUAUACACUCUCCUAUAAUAUAUAUAUAUAUAUAUUCACACACAUUGGGACUAGAAAAUCUAUGGAGACUUCGUCAAUGGUACUAUGUUAUUAGAGAAACACUUUAAUUUUCAUAUUCCAAUCAGAUGGCAUCUUAUAUCCCACCUGGUUGAGAAGGGUUUGAGAAUGGUAGAAAGUGCUGUACGGAGGGCAUGCACACUUGGUCAUUCUCUUGAGAGCUAAGGCUUACUCUUGGCAGGGUCAGCCUGAGGCCUGAGAGAAAGGGCUUUGGCCUGGGAGCGUGAAGUUUGGAGACUUGACCUGAGAGCAGCUGCUGCCCUGAGGUUCAGUCAGUCCUGUGUGCGGGGAGAGAGAGAGAAUGGCUAAUGAUGCUCCAUAUAAAAUUGCCUAUUGUUUUAUGCCACCUGAUGUGUCUGCAUGAGAGGUUUCCUUUUUGUUCAUUUUUAAGCUGCUGUUAAACCAAAAUCAUGUUGUGCUACUGUG